AAGACUCAGCAGGGCUAAAAUAUUUUCAUCAAUUUUCGGGUUAUGAUUUUAUAGAUGUAAAAACAAUUGAUCAUUGUGUUAGAUUCAUUAAAGUAGACAAUCUAUAUUACAUAGUUGAUAAUGAA